GUUUUCUCACGAAACCAGAGCUUUGGACAAAUUCGCGGAAGCGAUCCCUAAACCAAAAGGCGCGGUGCCAAAUUUCGGUCUGCCAAAAUGGAAAGUAAUGCCGUUAGAGUCGAAAAUCCCGAUGGUCCCCGGGCCGGCAGGGGCAUACAAUUUCACUCGUCGAAAAAUCGGUAAAGAAUUAUGGAUCUCCGCGCCGAACGCCGAAUUCAACCUGAGCGACCCGUACGGUUACGAGAUUAGAUGGACUUACGAUUCUUUGCACGACAAGCAUUUGCUCCCGUACUUCUCGAGGCCGAACAAUCUUCAGCAUCUGAUUAAGUCCGGCUUCAUUACAAAGAAUCUGGACGCGAAGUGCUCGCUACGCGACUAUAAUAUGUACAGAAGGUAUUUAAGGAAAUUGCACGGCGACAGUAUAAAGACGGAAUUGAACAGAAAGACGAGGCAGUCGAUCGAAGAGAGGGCGAUACAGUACGCGGAAGAGCAGGCGAAGAAAGAAGUCAGAAAGUAAAAUUGAAAACGAGAGACGCGAUCUUGACGAUAAUUAUUGUUUGUAUUUAUAAACGGGGAUUACACGAUUUGU